GUCUUCAAGAACCCCAGGUACGGCCUGCUGACCAAUCGCAACGACAUCACCCUGCUCAAACUGGCCACCCCCGCGCGCCUGUCGGCCACUGUGUCCCCUGUCUGCCUGCCCCAGGCCACCGAUGACUUCCCAGGGGGCACGACUUGCGUCACCACAGGCUGGGGGCUCGCUGACCCCAACGGUACCACACCUUCCUCGGUGCUGCAGCAGGUGGCCCUGCCGCUGCUCACCAACACACAGUGCCGGCGCUACUGGUUGUUCCGCAUCACCAAGGACAUGGUGUGCGCUGGCGGCAGCGGGGCCUCCUCCUGCAUG